CAGAAGGGAACUAAUUAAAUUGGUUACCUUUUUGUGUUCAAACCAGACAGGGUAAAUUAAGAGAAAGAAAAAGAGAAGCGUACGAAAUCGAGAGAGGGAGCAAUGGGAGCUUGUGCAACUAAGCCUAAGGUCUUGAAGGAUGAUGCCGAUGGGAAGGUCAAGGCACCUGAACCUGAACCUGAACCUGAACAAACCAGGGAAGACACUGUUGAAAGCAAAGUGGCGCCGCCGCCAGCGGCACAAGAACCACCGACACAGGGACAGGGUGGCGACAAUCUCAAUGUCAACGAAAUUGUUGAUGAUGACCAAGCAAACAAACGACGUUCCCUCAGCUUGUUGUUCAAGGAGAAUGAAGAUACAAAGGUUUCCACAAAAAAUGAAAAAACCACAGUGGAGGAGACUGAGAGACCAGAAACGUUUGAAGCCGAGAAACCUUCGGAGGAUGCUAAAAGCAAUGAGCCAAUAGUGAACCAGGAAAGCAAAAACGAUGAACCAGCAAAACAAGAAUCUCAAGUGGUUGAUGUUGAGGAGAAAUCUUCAGAGCAAAAUCAAAGCAAUAAGCCACCUGAGGAGACUCUAAAGACACAAACCUCAGAAGCUGAGAAACAUUCAGAGGAAAAUAAUCAAAGCAGCGAGCCACUGAAAGAAGAAUCUGGAGAAGAAGCCAAGGUGACAUCUUCAGAGGAAACCCAAAAAAGCAAUGAACCAAUUAAACAAGAGCCAUUAUCUGGAAGCACUGAUGUGCCAACUAGGGAAACCGAAAAGAAUGUUUCAGAAGCUGAAAAAUCUGAGACUCCGAUUGAAGAGACCAUAAACUCAGAGGUAGUUCCUCUGCCUCUGCCUGAGGAGAAAGUAAUUGAAGUUGUUUCAACGAAGGCAGAGUCUGCGGAGAAGAUAACAGAGGAAGCAGCAUCCAACAUAGAAGAGAAAAGCCAUAUUGGGGAGGAGCAUAAAUCCAAAGCUGCUGCUGAUAGCAGUGAGAUUCAUUAAAACCGAAAAUCUGAAUGGGACCAUGAACAAUACGAAACAUUGCAGUGUCCGAGAUCGUUGUCUGGCCAACCAAACUAGUGUGUGACAUUUCGCAGCUACAUUUUUCCUUAUUUGCUGUUUCAAUUUUAUUUUUAAUAUCUUUUUGAAGAACCUAUUUUUAUUCUUGUUGAGUCAGGUAUUUUUCUGUCAUGUUAUUUAUUGCUUAUCUAUAGAAGUUUUUUAUUGGUAGGUUCAAAAUCACCAAUGUAAAUUUUAAUUUUGUUGUGAUUUGCA